GUCCCACCGAAAUUAGUUAAAAUUAAAAAGCCCCAAUUCUUCAAAUUUCUCAAGCAUCGAAUCGAGCCCUAGCCACCUCAAUUUUCGAAUUCCGGCACCAUGCUAUUGUCCCCGGGUCAUUCUCCCCGUCACCUCUCUUCCCCAUCUCCGGGGCCGGAGCUUCCCCUCUCUACCAAUGAUGAUAAUCGCGCUCUUACCAGCACUGGGUCAUCGUCAUCACUUAGGUCGUCAAAGCGCCCUAAAGUCCUUGAUGAAGAUUCCUAUGCCGCCGCCAUUGAGAAGAUCAUCGAACGCGAUUAUUUCCCCGAUAUUCCGAAGCUCCGGGACCGUCUGGAUUGGCUUGAAGCUGUACGAUCAGGCGACCCUGUUCAAAUCCGCGACGCCCAGUUGAAAAUCCUCGAACGCCGUCGUGGAGGAGGCGGCGGCGGCGGUGAUGGAGGUACCACUUCGAAGUCUAGAACUCAAACGGCAACCCCAGGUUCGACUUUCAUUAGACAAUCUACUUUUACGCCUUUUGGUUUUGAAGACCAUACUGGUAAGAUGAAUGAUUUUAGUACCAACACCCCUAGGGAUGGGGAUAGUAGCAAUGGGGAAAAUUUAGGCGACGGGGAUGGAGAGGUAGAUGUUUCGUUAUCUUUGGAUGAGUUCUUUCGGAGGUAUACCAGUGAAGAUAAUGAGAGCUUUUCGAAGAUUAUGGAAAGAGUGAAUAGGAAGAGGAAGGAAAGGUAUGCUCAUUUGUUGGAAGGCGAAACGGAAGAUGUUAAGUUGAUUGAGGAUGUGAAGAGGGAGCGUGUGGCCACAGAUGGGUUUGGCACGUCUGAUCAACCCGUUGCUACAUUAGAAGGGUGGAAGUACACGGCAAAAAACUUAUUGAUGUAUCAUCCUGCAGAUAGAGGAGAGGCGCCAUUGACUGAGGAGGAAAUAGCUGAGAGGCUGAAAGGACUGACCAAGGAGAUUAAUAGGACGAAUACUAGAUUUCGGGGUAAAUUGGUGGAUUACAAAGCAAAAGAAGAUGAUACAGUUGAGGUUCUUUAUACUCCGGUAGCUGGGUCAACCCCAUUCCCUAUGUUUGAUAGGGCUGGGGAUAAGAUGAAAAAGUAUGAUUUGGAGGAUUUAAGGAAGACGCCUAAUAAAUUUUAUGUUGAGUCUGAGAAGAAGGCAGAAAAUGGUUACAGCUUUGUGAGGACUCCCUCACCUGCUCCAGGUGUGGAUGAAUCGCCUUUUAUCACUUGGGGAGAAAUUGAAGGUACGCCAGUAAGGUUGGAACCAGAAGACACCCCCAUUGAUAUCGGGGGAAGUGGAGAUGGACCACAGUUUAAGAUUCCAUUGCCUCCUUCAAGGGAUGUGAAGGCUCAUUCCUUGUCUAGAGAGGCUGCUCGUAAAUUGAGGGAAAGGUCAAAAAUGUUUCAGAAACCACCCCUACACUCACCAGUUAGAGGGGGGAGUGCCAGUCCCAGUGGCAGGACCCUCUCCCCUGCUGCUCAGAAGUUUGUGAGGAAUGCUAUUGCUAAGUCGUCACAUGGUGUAGAUGAAUCUCUCCGAGCAAGUUAUCGCGGGGCAAGUCCAGGAAUGGGUACUCCUAAAGGUGGCAGGAGUAUAUCAAGGUUAGGAAGAGACAGCAUAAUGUCUAGGUCUCCUUCUUUGAGAGAUGGCCCUAAUGCUCUGUAGAUAAAAUGAAGCUUCUCUUCAAUUGGGCUAGAUUGUAGUAACAAUGCUGUUUCCCCUCGGAACUUUUUGUUUGUUACAGGGAUGAUGAAUGUAUCAGUGUAAUGCAAAUGAUGGAAUUUCCUUUUUCCUUUCAACCAAUUGGGUAAUAGGCAUAAUGAGUGAGUUAUUUGCUUUUGGUUUUGAAUUUUGCGAAUGAUGCAUUUUUCUCUGUCUAAGAAUAAGGAUGACGCUAUAUUAUGCUUAUUGUAGUAAUAUCAUCCUCCGGUUCUCUUUGUUAGCAGUUAGAACUAUCAUUCAUUUUGUCAUCCUUCUAUUCUAGUCCAGAAUGUUGAUACAAUUGUAAAUGCAAAGCAUAUAUGCUUUCUCUUGGUGGAUCCUGUUUCUGCUAGCGUGCUUUUUUCCUUUUCUUUGAAUGUGUUGACUACAGGAGC